GUGGGUACCUAAUCAAGGAGGAAGACUUGUAUGGCUCAUAGUAGAAUUAUUUCCAUAGUUCCUUCCUUUUCUCAUGCUUGCCCUGCCUGUAGUGUUUUGAGACAUUGAGCAUCCACCAGAAAAGAAAUGCUAAUGCUUCCUAUUCCCAGAAGGGUUUCCAGUGGUGCCAGUAUCAAGGUCUUCCAACAUCUCCAGGUCUUCCAGCAACUGCAAGUCUUCCAACAAUGUCAAGGUCUUCCAGACAAUGCUGAUCUUCCAGACAAUCUCCAAGUCUUCCAGCAAAUCCAGUCUUCCAUAGAAUCCAGAUCUUCCAGGAAAAAAAUCUAUGUCUUCCAGGAAAAUCCACGUCUUCCAGAAGAAUCCACGUCUUCCAGAAAAAUCCAAGUCUUCCACAAAAUCCAAGUCUUCCCAUCAAUCCAUGUCUUCCAUAAAAAUCCCAGGUCUUCCAGCCAGUCCAUGUCUUCCAGAAAAAGCAGUGUCUUCCAGUCAAUCCAGUUCUUCCAGAAAAAUUCUGGUCUUCCAGCUAAUUUAUGUCUACCACCAAUUCAAGUCUUCCAGAAACCCAAGUCUUCCACUAAAUCCAGGUCUUCCAAUAGAUCUAUGUCUUCCAAUAACCUCCAGGUCUUCCAGAAAAGGUAUGUCUUCCUGAAGAUAUACAUCUUCCUGAUGAUUGAUGUCUUCCAGAAACUCUCAAGUCUUCCACAUAUCCAUGUCUUCCAAUCAAUCUCGAUCUUCCUGAUCUUCUUGUCUUCCAUCCACAUCUUCCAGAAAAUCAAUGUCUUCCAUUAA